AUGGAGGAAAAAGAAACAAUUUUAGUAACUGGAGGGGCAGGGUACGUAGCCUCGCAUGUAAUUGUUGAACUUCUCAAAAGUGGCUAUUCAGUCAUAGCGCUAGAUAACCUACAAAACUCUCCCUUAGCUGACGAGGUUGAGAAACCCGCAUCGUUAAGAAGAAUUGAGAAAUUGACUGAAAAAGUGGUAACAUUUUACAAGACGGAUAUCUCUGAUGAAGGUGCGCUUCGAAACAUUUUCAGACUGCACAAAAUUGAUGUUGUCAUACACGCAGUUUCCUUUAAGAAUGCAAACCAGUCCCCCCUCCUCCCACUGUGCUAUUAUUCCAAUAACUUCCUUAAAUCACUUACGCUGCUUGAGGUCAUGAAAGAGUACAACGUGAAAAAGUUGAUCUUCUCAUCUUCAUCCCAUGUUUACGGAGUACCGCAACAAUUACCAAUCAGUGAGCAUCAUCCGACUGGAAUACGAUGCCCAAAUCCAUAUGGAAGGAGUAAAUUUUUUGUAGAGGAAAUUUUGAAGAGUUUGUGCGAUUCGGAUGAGAAUUGGCGGGUAGUGGUGUUGCGGAGUUUCAACCCCGCUGGCGCACACGAGUCGGGAUUGAUCGGAGAAAAGCACCUUAGAGCGUCAAGCAAUUUGAUAUCUUACAUUGUACAGGUUGCUGCCGGUCGGAAAGAAAGGGUAACUGUGUUCGGGGACGGAACUUGCAUGAAAGACUAUACACAUGUUACUGAUGUGGCGACUGCCCAUGUCAAAGCUUUAGAUAAACUGAGGGAGGGGAGUUUUCAGCAUUGGGUCGCCUACAAUUUAGGAUCAGGAAGGAGGAAUUCCAUUUUAGAGGUUAUCAGGACAUUCUCUAUACUAGUCCGCAAGCGAAUUCCGUACGAAGUGGUGGGUCCCAGAAGAAGUGACAUUGGAAGUGUCUAUGCUGAUAUUACAAAGGCCAAAACGGAAUUGAACUGGACACCUACGAAGACGAUUCGAGAUAUUUGCGUAGACUCUUGGAAUUGGUACUUAUUAAAAACUAAAGGGUCAACACUUUAAAUCUUUCGCUAAUUUGUACUAUACUA